UGCACCUGCUCCCUGGUCUAGCGGGCAUGCUAGGAGGAUUCCCGUGAGCCUCUGGCUUCCCCGCCCCCUCUUCAGAGAUGGAAAGAAAGAUGACACCUCCCAGCUCUUCCUCAGGCAAGACUCAGAGGGAGGAAAGGAUACCGACUGCGUGCCAGGGAACCUCCUCAGCGCCCAACCCUCUGAACAAUGAAAGGGAAAUACAGAGGCCAGCAGGUAUGCCCAGCCCUUGGCGUUGAGGCCACCACGGGUCAUGGAGGGCCCCACCAAGGUGACCAUGGAGGAGCGGACCCUGAUGGGGAGGGGGCCUGCGGGACCCUCGGGAGGCGGUGGCAGUAAAGACGAGGUCCAUAGUGUGGCCAUGGCCUCAUCUGUUGUCCAGCAGCGAGCAAGUUCCAAGGAGGCCAGAGGCGGUGCCCGGUAUGUUGCAGACGUGGCUCCACCCCCUGGAGUCCCUGGACCUGCUGCGGGGACCCCUCCUGGCCAGAUGGGAGCGUGUCCUACAGACGUGACCCUGCAGCUGCUGGCUGUGCAGAGGAAGAGCGGGCUGCCGGACCCUGGCCUGCAGCAGGCCCUACGAGGCCGGCUCCGCCUCCUGGAGAACGACAGCCGGGAGGUGGCUCGCAUGCUCGGGGAAUUAUCAGCCAGGCUGUUGUCUAUCCACAGUGACCAGGAUCGGAUUGUGGUGACGUUUAAGACUUUUGAAGAAAUCUGGAAGUUUUCCACCUACCAUGCUCUUGGCCUCACACAUCACUGCCUGGAAAACCUACUCGUGGACCAGGCCUUCUGGCUGCUAUCGCCCGACGAGGAGGAGGAGACAGCCAUCCGGGUCCACGUGGAGGAAUCCGCCUUGAAGCUGGCCCAUGAGAGCCUCCUCGUCCAGGAAGGGCCCUUCUUUGUCCUGUGUCCUGACCACCACGUGAGAGCGACGACUGGCCCCCUGCAUGCAGGGAAGGGACCCCAGCCCCUUAGACGGGCUUCAGGGGGCCCCCAGGGAGAGGUGGCCCCAGAAGCAGACCCUUCACCCCCCGGUCCCAGCAUGGCCUCUGAGGAGGUGGCAGCGGCGGCUGCCCCGGAACCUUUGAUUCCGUUUCAUCAGUGGGUUCUUAGGGUCCCCUGGGACCCCAUCGAUGACUCCAUGGGUGAACCUGUGACUCCCGACAUCCCACUGAUGGCUGUGGGACUGGCCUUGGCAGUGGCAGACUGCCAGGGCGUGGGGCCCGAAGAGAUGACCUUCCAAGGUGGUGACCUCAUCGAGAUCCUCAGUGCCCUGGUGCCCGGCCUGUCCUGGUGUGUGGGCCGGCAUGUGGCCUCGGGCCAGGUCGGGUUUGUGCGGACCGGUCUCAUCAGCGCGCAGGGCCCAGCAUCCGAAUUGGAAACUGUGAUUUUUCUUAAUGAGGAAGAAAGGUCAUUCUUCAGAAACGAGGGGCGCUUUUCUGAGGAGGAUGCCCGGCAGCUACUGGAGAGAACGUCGGGCAUGGAUGUGUGCACCGUGUACAGCCUGGACAGAUUAGAAGAAGCUGAAUUUGAGCAGCCAGAUGGACAAGAAAAGCCUCCACCUUGCCUGAACCUGGAGCCACAUGAGACCCUGCAGAAGGUGAAGAAUGUUCUGGAACGAUGUAAGAUGUGCCAGAACUGCCCCAAGGAGCCAGCAUCCUGGGGUCUCCACAUGGUGUCCAGUGGGGUGAGCUCACCGGACGCUGAGGAGCCUUCCUUCCACCUGGAGACAGUGGAUGACUGGGCCGACCCAGAGGCCGUGGGCUCGCUGCUGCUGUUCCUGAACGCCCCUGAAUACCAGGCCUGCUUCCGUGGCCUGUAUGACGUCUCCCUGCCGUGGCUCAGCAGCAUGUUCUGCAGCUUCACCGAUGAGGAGGAGCUGGCCGGGUGCCUGGCACAGGCCAGGGGAGUGGCCAAAAAAGCCGGCCUCCCCAUGGCCCUCGCCAGACUCUGCUUCCUCCUGGGGCGGCUCUGCUCCAGGAGGCUCAAGCUGUCCCAGGCCCGGGUAUACUUUGAGGAAGCCCUGGGGGCACUGGAGGGCAGCUUCGGGGACCUCCUUCUGGUGGUGGCCGUGUAUGCCAACCUGGCCACCAUCUACCUGAAACAGAAGAAUAGGGAGAAGUGUGCACAGGUGGUGCCCAAAGCCACAGCCCUGCUGCUAGGGACACCUGGCCACGUGUGCAGCACCGAGGCAGAGUCGGAGCUGCUCAGGUAUGCUCUGCGGCGGGCUGUCAGUGGCCGGAGCCCACGGGCCGAGGCGCGGGCCUGCUUCCUGCUGGCCAGGCACCAUGCCCACCUCAAGCAGCCGGAGGAGGCCCUGCCCUUCCUGGAGAGGCUGCUGCUCUUGCACGGGGACUCGGGGGCCCCAGAUGCCUCGUGGCCCACGGACUGCUGUCUGCUCCUGGCGGACAUCUACAGCCGGAAGUGCCUGCCCCGCUUGGCACUGAGCUGCGCCCGGGUGGCCUCACUGUGGACCCAGGGCUCAUUAGCCAGCGCGCUGAGGAGUGUGGACCUGGUCCUCCAGAACGUGCUGCGGCUGCACGGCCUGAGUGGCGUGGCCCACGGCCUCCCCUCCCAGAUCGCCCCCCACCUCAGGCAGGCUCUGGCUGCCCCCGCUUCAGGAGUGCCACACGGCCCCCUCUACGCCAGUCUGGCCCAGCUGCACAGUCACCACGGGCAGCACCGGCCAGCCAUUGCCUUCAUGAUGCAGGCGGCAGAAGCCGAUGCUGUGACUGGCGUCCACUCUGUCGUGGACCACCUGGUGGCCCUUGCCUGGCUGCAUGUGCUCCAUGGGCAGAGCCCGGUGGCCCUGGACAUCCUGGAGGCCAUCAUGGAUGCGGCUGUGGCCAGCAUGGCCCAGGAGGGCGUGAUUGCCAACAUGGAGGCCGUGGCCCUGAAGAUAGUGGGCAGGACCCGGCAGGCAGCCGAGCGCUACUAUUGUGCCCUGCGCAUGGCUCGGGGCCUGGGCCAGCCACACAACCAGGCGGUGGUCCUGGCCAACUUUGGGGCCCUGUGUCUGCAGGCAGGUGCCAGCAGGCUGGCCCAGCACUACUUCCUGGAGGCGGUCAAGCUCUUCUCACAGCUGCCCAGCAGUGAGUGCGGCCGGGACUUCAGCUGGGUGCUGCUGCAGCUGGGCCACCUGUACACCUGCCAGGCACUUGCCCAGCAGGGCAAGUGCUACUACGAGUGGGCCUUUCUCAUCGCCGUGGAGACGGACCACUUGGAGAGUCAGCUGCGAGCUGUCCAGCAGCUGUGCCAUUUCUACAGCACCGUUGUGCCCAAUGAGGCCCAGUGCGUCAUCUACCAUGAGUUCCAGCUCUCGCUGGCCCGCAGGGUGGCUGACAAAGUGCUGGAAGGACAGCUCCUCGAGACCAUCAGCCAACUCUACCUGUCGCUGGGCACCGAGCGGGCCUAUAAAUCUGCUCUGGACUACACCAAGCGGAGCCUGGGGAUAUUCAUCGACCUCCAGAAGAAGGAGAAGGAGGCGCAUGCCUGGCUGCAGGCGGGGAAGAUUUACUACAUCCUGCAACAGAAUGAGCUGGUGGACCUGUACAUCCAGGUGGCGCAGAAUGCAGCCCUGUACACAGGAGACCCCAACCUGGGGCUGGAGCUGUUUGAGGCGGCCGGAGACAUUUUCUUCAAUGGGACCUGGGAGCGGGAGAAAGCCGUGUCCUUCUACCGGGACCGGGCACUGCCUCUGGCAGUGACCACGGGGAACCAGGAGGUGGAGUUGCGGCUGUGCAACAAGCUGGUGGCGCUGCUGGCUGCGCUAGAGACACCCCAGGAGGGUCUGGAGUUCGCCCAUGCAGCCCUGGCACUCAGCAUCACCCUGGGGGACCGGCUGAACGAGCGAGUGGCCUGCCACCGGCUGGCCACACUGCACCACCAGCUGGGCCACGGCGAGCUGGCCGAGCACUUCUACCUCAAGGCUCUGUCGCUCUGCAACUCGCCACUGGAGUUCGACGAGGAGACCCUGUACUACGUGAAGGUGUACCUGGUGCUUGGUGACAUCAUCUUCUAUGACCUGAAGGACCCAUUUGACGCGGCGGGGUACUACCAGCUGGCGCUGGCAGCGGCCGUGGACCUGGGCAACAAGAAGGCCCAGCUGAAGAUCUACACGCGCCUGGCCACCAUCUACCACAACUUCCUCCUGGACCGCGAGAAGUCCCUCUUCUUCUACCAGAAGGCGAGGACCUUUGCCACCGAGCUCAAUGUCCGCAGGAUCAACCUGGCGCCCCAGCGGUUCUGCGGGCGAGCCCCCUGGCUGGCCCCCGGCUACCCGCCCUGAGGGCACCCUCCCUGAGGACGGUUCCCCAUGGGAGUGGGCUGUGGAAGGGGGUCCCCUGACUCUCCCAGUGUCUCUGGGUGGCUCAUUUUCUGGGAAAUGGAGGCACAAACGCAGGGGUCAUAUAGCAAUAAAUGUU